UGAACUGAGGUGGGCCGGUCUGGCUUGAAACUCCAGGGCUGAAAUUGAGUCCCACUCCGUCCCUGACCCCAGUAGAGCUUUAUGUCUAGCUAGUCCCCUGAGUAAUACUUCUUUUUAAUUGUCUAGAUUAGAAUGCAGACAUUCGAGCAAUUCAAAUGGAUCAUUGCCAUUUGGCCUACGGGGUAAACAUCUACUAAGAACAAGUCCCUUCAUGUGUUGUUUUCAUUUAAAUUUGAUUGAUUACAUAUUCUCUUUGGAAGAGUAAAACUCAGGACAUACCACUGCUAAAGAAAAAAAAUGCUUAACAUUAUUAGGCGUAAUUAGAGAAAUAAGCUCUGUCAGUUAUAUCGCUGUUGAAAAAUUCAAAGAAAAUGAAACACAAGUAAAUCAUACAUUGAGUACAUAUUAAUGAUAUUGCUUUAUAUUUACAGUAGUAAUUUAGUCGAAAGCAGGAGAGAAACUUUCUCGUUUCCUUUAGUAUGUUUCUCUCUUUCCCAGAAGUCCACACCCAAUCGAGAGCUAACGUCAGCAAUCUUACUGCUUUAUUGACUCUUGACAGUCGUAUCAGCAGGAGUGUUCUGUCCUCCAGAUAUUAUCCAGAGAAGUAAAAGUGAACUCAUAAAGCUGAGGUUCUUUGAUCCGUCAAUGGCUUCACAGACCAUAAACUUCAUCACCUGGAACGUUAAUGGACUUAAACAAAACAGAGAUCAGAAAUUUCAAGAACUACAAAAUGCUGACAUUGUUUUCUUGCAAGAGACUCACAUUGGAGUAGAAGAUGAACAAAUAGAAGACUAUAAAAAAGAUUGGAUUGUUUUCUACACAAAGUACACCUCCUCCAGCAGAGGAACUGCCAUUUUAGUGAGGAAGAGUUUAGAUUUUGAAUAUAUAAGUGAUGACAAAGAUAACAGGGGAGCUUAUGUUGUGUUGAAAUGUAAACUGGCGGGUCAGAAGUACACUCUGGUGAGUGUUUAUAACCAUCACACCGAUGCAAAAACUCUUGAUAAUCUCUCAGGAUACCUGCAGAAAAUGACCACAGGGCUGCUGGUGAUUGGUGGAGAUUUUAACACAAUUCUCAAUCCGUUUAUCGACAAAAAGAAUAAUACAAGCAAGAUAGCAAAUAAAAGAAAUCAGAAAAAUCUGCUCUUGUUUGUGGAGAAGUUCAUGAAAUCUCUUCAGCUGGCUGAUGUCUGGAGAAGAAUGAACCCUGUAAAGCAGGAUUUUACAUUCUACAAAAGAGAUUGUCCAGUGUCCAGACUCGAUUACUUCUUCAUUCCAGAUGAAUGCAUGUGGCGAGUGAGAAGUUGUGAAAUAAGAAACUCUGAGAGGCCUGACCAUCAGCCUGUAUCUUUGGAGAUCAAUAACAUCUCCACAAUUCCUUUAAUGAAACAAUGCCAUGUACAAACAUUCUUCCAACUAUUAAAACAUAAAAGUGAUAUAUUAAAUGAUGAUAAAGGUCCAUCACAGGGGGAAGAAAACCAACAUGUAGUCAGUGAGGUUGACAUUGUGUCAGCUGUUCAAUCUCUUCAAGUUUCAGACACACCAAGACCAGACGACAUCCCAGUUUCCUUCUAUAGAGAGAAAAUUCAGGAUCUGAUUCCAUACAUAAAGACACUCUAUAACAGAAUCCGCAGGGGUGAAUUUAACUGCUCUGAGAAACAGUUUAACAAAACUGUGAAAAGUCCACAUGACGACAGUCAUCACUUUUUUAACGUCGACUACCUCAUCAUUGCAACUAUUCUAGCAAAACGUCUAGAUGAUUUCUUGGAGUCUCAAUCAAAGAGUCAGGUACCAGAAAACUCAGCUGCUGUCAUGAUCAGUCCCAAAACUUUCUGCACUGAGAUGAAGUUGUCUUGUAUAAAGGAUGAGAUAGAAAAACAAAAACGAUCAAAUCCAGCUUUAUAUCAGGAUUUCCUCAUUGUGAAAAACCUCUUGAGAGACGCACCGGAGGGAGAUGCUGAAUUUACAGAUGUUUCAAGUGAAAGAGACAAACUGCUGGAUCAGGGCUGCCCUUUGACCCCGGUUCUCAUUACUCUGGCUCUGAAAUGCUUUGCCUCUGCAAUAGCUGGAGAUUUUAGACAGCAUGAUAUUCGGGUUUUCAAAGAAAGCGUGAUACUUUGCGUCCAACCUGAAGAUCUUGAGAAAGUAACGGCUGCUGUGAGAAACAGAGCUAAUGAAGUAUUCCACAUCACAGAAUUAUUCAGCGGAAAUGUUGGAGGUGAACAAUUAAAGUUUACAAGAAAUGAGGGUGAAAACUGGAAUGAACUGAACAUCACAGUGGAAGAAUCAGAGCCCAGUUGGUCAAAAAUUAUCAAAAUCAAUGCAGAGAGUAGAGUGUGUGAGGAGCAAGAUUUUGAAAUACAUGAGGAUGAUGACAUUUUGUUGGGUGAUGUAAGCAGGCAGAUCAUGUAUGCAGUUGUGACUCUGCAAGACUCAGAUGAGGUGAUGGUGGUGUCAUCAAACUGGUUGAGCCUUGAUAAAAAGCUAUGUUACUGGCCUCCAUUCAAAUCCCCAGAGAAGUGUAUUGAAGCUGUUCAGAACAGACAUAAGCCUGAAACAGGAGGGAAACCAUGGGAAAAACUAAACAUUAGCUUUCACAGAGAAUGUGUCACAUUUGAUCAGGCAAAAGUGGGGCAAAAAGAAGUAAAGGAACAGAAGGAGCGAUCAUAUCUAUUAGCCACUGGAUUCCCUGGAAUAAAGAGACAAAGAGUUGAAAACUUUCAAGGAAUGUCAAUUAAUCCACUUCAAACACUUGCUCCAGUGACAUCUACAUCUACAUCUAUUGAUGGUGAGCCACACUUUUUUUGUCAAUAUCACUUCAAUAAGUUGUUUCUUAAAAAAAAAAAAACAUUUUGUAUUUCAGACAAAGAUGAAAUCCUCAAAAUGCUGAGAGACAUCAAGAGCACAGUUCAGCGAAACUCUACCAUGUUAAAGAAACUAAUGAAAUACAAUGGAGUUUCUGAAGCCCCCAGCAGCAGCACCAAUGUGCCUCCGAAAGAGAUGAACAAAACUACAAACCUAAAAUUGCCUCUAAAAACCUUUGACGAUGUGGCCAGGAUUGAAAGAGAGCUCAACAAUGCAACAACACGCAAAAAAUAUGCAAAACAUCUGUCAGAACUUGGAGGCUUUGGGCCAAAAGAUGUUGUUAAGAACAUAAUGCAAAGUAUCCUAACAGAUGAUCUGGCAAAGGAGUUCAACUGGCAGGGCAGAGGAGAUAAAAAGGCCUUCUCUCAGCUUCUUUUAGCAGAUGUGAUCAGAGAUGCUGCAUUCAAACGAAGCGUAAUUAGGCAUGACUGUGAAAAGGAAAUUAAAAAAUAUCUGAGUUACACAGCUGAUCGGCUCACUCGGAAGAGACCAAGACAAGAAGGAGGUCCUGUGGUUGAGAUCCCAGAUAUGAUUUCUCCUACACCCAUUGACGAAGACCCAGAAAUAAAUUGGGACAUUUUUGAUUGAGUUUUUCAAUCAGUCAUUGGUUGUGUAGGUCCAAUUACACAUUAAACAUUAAUUUCUGU